AUGCGCGAACAGCGAGCUGACCUCACGCCCGUGGAGGAAGCGGGGUUGGUCGUAUUGGACCGCGCAUCCGAAGGAAGUAAAAAGGAUGCCAGGACUGCGGGGAGGAGCGCGGCGGUGUCCCGCCGUGCUCUGGAUUUGGUAGUCGUCGUAGCAGUUGGACUCGCACUAACAUUAAUGAUCAUAUCCUGUUUUCGUCACAUCAACUCUCGCCGAACGCUACAGGAGUUCUCGUGGAGGCAGUUGGCUGGGGACCAGGAAGAUGGUGGCAGGGACAGCUCGUGCACUGGAGGGCUUGACUCAGACGAAUCAGGGCAGGAAUUGCCUCAGCAGGAUGGGCAGGAGGUGCCGAUGGAGGUAGGGGAAGAUGAGCCGCAGCAGCAGGGAGGAUCGAUGGGAGGAACACCGGAGGUAGACGAUCAGCCGCAGCAGGAAGAAUCAGAGGAACCAGAGCAGAAACUGCCUCAGCAGGAUGGGGAAGGGAUGCAGAUGGAGCUAGGAGAAGAUGGGCAGCAGGAGCAGGGAGGAUCGAUGGGAGGAGCACCGGGGGGAGACGGUCAGCGGCAGCAGGAAGAAUCAAAGGGAGUAGAUGCAGGCUCUCAGAGUCCACCUGAGGAAAAGGAGAAGUCGGGACCGCCAACUCCUGCCCCAGCUGAAGCCGCAGGAGAUAUGCCCCUAGAACUUCCGGGAACAUCCUCUGGGGAGUCUGGCACGUCCACCCCACGUCCGUCAGGAAAGAGGAAAGCGAAGACGAAGCACUUGGAGUUGCCCGUGAAAGUUCGAGCGCCGGCGAUGGGGAAAAAGGGAGAAGAAGAUGACUCCAGCGAUUCCGGCGACGAGCUACCAACACGUUGGCCCACUGGCAAGCUUUAUGACCCUGAUCCAUCGAAGCUUCCACCAGCAAAACCAAGGAAACAACCACCACCGUUGCCGAAACUGGGUCCGGUGACUGUCCCCGGCGAUCGUCCAGUGUCUAAGAGUCCGAGAGCGCAAGCGGCCAAAGUCAAAGGGCUAACGAAGAUUCUCCAGAAGGCUUGGGAGCAUGCAGAAGAGGAAUCAGGUAGGAGUAGUGAGGGCUACAUGAAGUCCGCCGUCUCGCUUGUGGCUGAAGUAGCGCAGGCGCUUUCCGCGCAAAUUGGUUCCGCACGCCAACUCAUAAGCGAGGAUAGCUCAGGUGAACUAGAGGAAGUCUGUGGCCUGGCAGAAGGUCUCUUAGCUGUAGUAGAUGAAUUUCUGGCCUCGCAUGGUGUUACACGGGGAGACUUUCCACCUCAACCGCCUGUUGGUGAGGGACCAGGGCAUCCGAUUCCCAACCGACUGCUAGCGAUGACGCUGGCCCAAACCCGACUCUCGAGAGCUAUUGAGGAUUUCAAGGCGGAUCCAAAUUUUGAUAAGUUCCCACAGCUCAAUAAGUUUGUUGAUAUGGCGGAUACGCUAAUAACGUCAACAGAGCCUCUUCCUCCACAACUGCGUGCACAGGGGCGAAGUGCUGCUGCUCGGUUUAUUGAAGAAUUCUUGAAUGAGGUUAUACGGCUGGCCGAUGAGAUGGAGGAGUUGCUGAGCAUGUAUGGGGGUGAAGAUAGGCCUCCUUCUCCCGGACUAGUUAUGGAUACGAUGUUUGGUGCCCUGGACGCGUCGAUGCAGAGACUGGGUGCGAUAUUAGGCCAACAGCAAGGGCAACAACAGCAGGGACAACAACAGCGGGGCGGAGCACGCUCGCGUCGGAGAAGAGAAGGGGAAGAUCAUGGGGAAGAUGACCCAGAAGGCAAAGAGCGGGAACCCUAA